ACGAUACGAUGAGUGGUACCGGCAAGGCAGAGCUUGGUACCAAGACAUGAAAAACAUGAAUUUGGCUAAGUAUGGAGCUAAGGGGAUACCAUGCCGGCAAGGCAGCCUCAAUACCAAGACCCCUAGAGGGGAUCAAGCCGGGAAGGCAGGCCUGGUAGCCAAACAUGGAAAUUGGCAGACAUGGAAUUUGGCUAAGUAUAGAAACAAUAGGAGCUUGGUAGCCAAGCAAGCGGGUACCAAGAAGGCAAGACAAGCUUAGUACCAAGACACCAAGGGAGUAUCAAGUCGGGUACCAACUAUGAGCGUCAUACAGUAAGUCUGGAUAUCAAGCCGACAAGUCCUGCUUGGUAGCCAGGCAUCAUGGUACCAAGCCAAUAAGACAAGAAAUUUGACUAAGGCAAGGUGGCUAGCUGAGGUGGCCACCCGACUAGGGUAUCAAGCAGCCAUGGAUGGAUAAGCCAAGGUGCCGAGCUAAGCGUGUCAAUAUGAUGAGUACUCGAUGUAGAGCCCCUUAGGGGACCAUAUGGAGACUAAGCCCCAAGAUGGCUUUGAUGGCCCCCUAACGGGGUACCAAGCCGGUAGGGCGGCAAGGUACCAACUUGAUAAGAUUCUAAAAACUAAGUAUGAAGACCAAGCUGAAGGGCUGGCUUGGUGGCAGGGGCCAAUAUGACUGGCUUGAUGGCAGGGGUAUCAAGCCAGAGAGACAACAAAAAGCGGGAGCAAGAAAGGGCAAUAAAACUAAGUGUGGAGUCUUGGGGCUGCAAAGUGCAAAGGGUGAGAUCAAGACCUCAUCAUGGUUCAUGGAGGCUAAGGCAAGAGCUUCAAACCCAUCCAGUUAUGACAGGGCGACAAGGCUCAACACCAACCCGACCCGGCAUCGAGGCCAUCAAGUACCCACCAACCCCAAGACGGGACAAGGCCCCCCAAGGCGACGGUUACCAACUAGUCACCAAGGCGGCGACAAGGAUCCCGAGGCGGUUUGGAGCAAGAGGCCAACUAGCAGUUACCAAGACAGUUACGCCUAGUGGCUAUAAAUAGAAGAAACGAAGACGAAGCAAGGGUUCCACAACCAAACAUUUGACACACUAUGUCAAACUCUAUCUUUUUCUCUGCACUGUAGCCAUAACCGUAGCUUUUAGUUUUUGGAGCUCUCACUGAACCUCCAUAUGAGUAGAGUAACUUAACUUAGUUUUCUUAGCAAUCAAAAAUCAUCAAACACCCUCGUUCGACUUCGAACAUUGUUCGGAGAGGAGUGAAUCGUAUUAUUGUCGUUGUUCAAGAAGUCAAAGGUGCAUUUAUUGAGUUCAAACACCAGAUUUUCCUCGCCGGAAAACAAUGAUAUAAUUAGUAUUAUUAUCAUGUUAAUUUGUGAUAUUUAGGUUAAUGAAGUCCACCUAUAAUG